CCAGAGCUCUCACACGCGCACACCCAGGGAUCCACGGAUCCACGGACUCGGACUAUCACGCUUUCUACGCAGUGGGAUUAAUUACUUUGACUUUCGAAGCAUGAUUCCAGGCGAGAGCUUUGACUCCACCGAGAACAGGAUGCAGUCUGCGGGUCUGGCUCUGGAGGAGCUGCUGGUAACGGCUCAGAAACAGGACUGCCUCACCGUCGGUAUCUACGAAUCUGCCAAACUUUUCACUGCGGAUCCAGACAGCGUGGUGCUCUGCGUCCUGGCAGCCGACGAUGAAGACGACGUGGCGCUGCAGAUCCACUUCACCCUGCUGCAGUCGUUUUGCUGCGACAGCGGCAUCACCAUCCUGCGAGUAUCUGGCUUUCAGCGGCUCCAGCAGCUGAUCGGUUCGAUGGAUGCCAACAGAAACCAGGACGACCUUCACUGCAUGCUAGUGACGAAUCCCCAGGCUGACCACUGCAGGCUACAAGAGGUGGGGACCUACUGCCUGGAGAGCCGACGCCACAACCAGUGGGUUCCCGAACUGGUCCUGCAAGAACGUUGAGGGGUCUGCUGCCCUAAAAACGCGCAAACAAACAAGAGCUCUUUCUGGGUUCGGAUAGGGAUGAACUGACGGAUCGGACGUCCCGGCAAGCAGGGAUGUCCUGGAGGGGUCUGUGACGGGCCGUCCCGACCGAUGACGAGCGGGGAUGAAGGACUCCCUCUCAGCCAAUGUAGUGACGCAGUCGGGAGUGGAGACUGGUUUCUAUUAUUGGUUUUAUGCAAAAGAUACAGACUGGAAAGACAAAAACACAAUCUAAGCUCAUUUGUCAUACUUCUGUUUGGCUGCUCACACUGUUUAUGGGGCGUGCCGGCAAUCGAGGUGUAGUAGCCGCAAAAACAAGACUUCCACACCCCGACUAGUUCCUGGGAGAUGUGUUGUGUUUCUACGGACCAAACAGGAAUGCUGCAGUGGUGAACUAUGCCCAACAUUCCUGUGUUCUGACAUGGGAGAGGUCCUUGCAAGGAAGGUGUGUGUGUGUGUGUGAGGGAGAGGGAGAGAAUGUGUGGUAUGUGUGUGGUAUGCAUGUACAAUGCUAGAGUCUUUCUUUAGAGAGAGACUGGGCGUGCGUUUCUUGAAAAUCAGCUGCUGAACCUGCGGAGGAUUCGUCACCAUGGAAACUGAAAUGAAAACGACUUUGGAAGUUGAACUCACACAGGAUGUGUCGGCCUCGCACAGGACCGGAGGAUAGAAUUGUACCCUCUGGUCAGGAGGACACCGAUCGAACACUGUGGUCGGAAAUUUUUCGAAAAUAAAACUGCUGUGCCUUCAAGAAUAACAUAAUAUGCUGUCAAACCAACAUUAAGUGAACCAUGUUGUCAUUGAUUGUAUCAGGUGUUUGAGAAGCUAUUUAUUAUCAGUUUUUGUGCUCUGUUAACUAAGUCAAUAAAUUAUUAUUGCUCUA